AGAGCACCAAACACGGCCUUGUCAUGGUCUUCUAUCAUUAGCUGUUAUAGAAAUUAGAAAUUUAGAAACCGAAACAAGACCGGUUGCUGACGCAUUAGCCAAUUCUAUCUUUUUAAAGAACAAAGUCUAAAUGCUUUUUUAGAGAGAGAAAAGCUAAGAAAAGAUUGUGAAUUUGGAGGCUAUAUCCAUCUGGGCACACCCUUCGUAUUUGACUUUGCAGGUUUGAUCCGGGUAAAAGAUGAGUACACUCGAUGCAACUAGAGCAGAACUUGCUCUUAUAGUUCUGUAUCUGAAUAAGGCUGAAGCCAGGGACAAGAUUUGUCGGGCAAUUCAAUAUGGUUCAAAAUUCUUGAGCGAUGGACAGCCUGGUACCGCCCAAAAUGUUGACAAAUCAACCAGCUUAGCUCGGAAAGUUUUCCGUCUUUUUAAGUUUGUCAACGAUCUGCACGGUCUUAUUAGUCCAGUUCCUCAAGGGACCCCCUUGCCUCUUGUUUUACUGGGAAAGUCUAAAAAUGCGUUGUUGUCAACUUUCUUGUUUCUUGAUCAAAUUGUUUGGCUGGGUAGAAGUGGAAUUUACAAGAACAAAGAACGUGUUGAGCUAAUUGGCCGGAUUUCCCUUUUCUGUUGGAUGGGAUCCUCAAUUUGUACUACUUUGGUUGAGGUUGGGGAGCUUGGCAGGCUCUCUGCAUCAAUGAAGAAGUUGGAGAAGGAGCUUAAGGAUGGUGAAAAAAAUCAUAAUGAGCAAUACCGUGCUAAACUUAAAAAAUCAAAUGAAAGGUCACUAGCCCUUGUCAAAUCAGCCAUGGACAUUGUAGUUGCUGUUGGGCUACUUCAAUUGGCACCCAAGAAAGUCACUCCUCGAGUUACAGGAGCUUUUGGGUUUGUUAGCUCUCUUAUCUCUUGCUACCAGUUGCUUCCAUCGCCACAAAAGUCUAAGACAACUUGAAGACACACCACCGUUCUGCUCAACAAGUUAAAUGUCAUCUAAAUAAUUACUUGAACCUUGUGACCAAUCCUUAUUUGUGUAAGCUUUGUUAGCUACUAGUCAUCCUGAGGGUGACCUAGAAGGUUCAUUUACCUAUUUAAUUUUCACUAUAUUUAGCACCCUUGUUGUCACAAUUCACAGUUCAUUACAAUCUCUUGCAUUAGCAAAAUAAUAAUUCACCAAUUUCA